UUGAAUUUUUUUGGACUAUUGUUUCAGGUUUUUUUUUCAGGAAUUUAUUUUUUUUUUCAUAAAACUAAUGUUUUCGCUAUAAUCCUGGCCUGAGCAAUGCCAAGAUAACGCAAAGGGGCUGAUUUAAGACGUAAUACAAGUUGGUCCAGAAGUAUGAGAGAUAAAAGAUCACAAAGAACCGAAGAACAAAUCCAGCAACACAAUGCUGAUGCACGUGUGAGCAUGCAGCAAUUGCGUGAAGAACAAUCAGAAGAUACACGAGCUGAGCGCAAUGAAGUUAUUCGUUUAGAACAAAGACAAUCACGCCGUUUCACGGUUAGUAGGCGCAGAACAAAUGACCAACAACGUCAACAGGUACAUUGUGCAUUUACAUCUGAUUCAUUUUUGCAUUUAGUAUUCCAGUAUGAGCCUGAUAUUGAAUAUUAUGCUAAUUCAAAAGUGGUAAUUGGUGCUUUGGAUAAGGAAUGUCCGCAUUGUCAUGUUCUCAAAUUCAAAAAUGAGCUACCUGGGAUGUAUUGCGCGUCAGGAAAAGUGCAACUACCUGAAAUUUAGACACCACCUGAAUCAAUCCUAUUCUAUAUUCCUGAAGUCAAUUCGAACAUUCAAUUUAUGCUUUUAAUUAAUAUCAUUCAGAGUAACAGAAAUAGUUCGAAAUACUAAUGCUAAUGGUGAACCAUAAAAUUCUACAUUCAAAAUCAGAGACCAAGUUUAUUAUAAACCAUCCAGUUUGUUUGUGCUCACUAGAGAUGGGCUAACAAAAAAUAUUAUUCACGCUAUAGUAUUAAAAUAUUGGUGUUGUUUGUUAGUGGUACUAUCGUA